AUGGCCAACAAAGACUCGCGAGGGGGCUAUGAGGUGUUGGGGCUCACGCACAAGGCGGAUGAUGAGGAGGUGAAGGCAGCCUACCGCCGUUUGGCCAUGAAGUGGCACCCCGACAAGAACCCCAGCCCUGACGCCAACGCCAAGUUCCAAGGCGACGGCGAUGAGGAUGACGACGACGUGUCUGCCGAGGAGGUCUUCCUCUCAGUGUUCGGCCCGCUCUUUCGGUUUGGUGCGGACCCUCUUCUUCUCUCGGUGUUGGUCUUGGCCCAGCGUGCACGUGGGCGAAGCAAGAAUUCGCGGGUGGUGUUCAACAUGGCCGACUUCGUGUGUCCGCACCACCGCGAGUUCGCGUCGCGCUUCUUCGAUUCCUCGUCCGACUCAGAGUGGGACAGCGAUGACUCCUACUACGACUACGAUACCGACGAAGACGACGACAGCGACACCGUCGCCACCGCCGUCGCUACCACCGCCGCGGUCGGAACUCCAGCGCCUGGCGCUCCGCCAGGCCAGGGCGACUUCUUCUACUCGUUCCACUCCCACGCCCAUCCCCAUCCCCAUCCCCAUCCCCAUCCCCAUCCCCAUCCCCAGGCACAAAAGCACGCCAAGCCCAAGCAACCGGGCGUACCAGAUCGUCCGACGGCUCCUCGCCUCACGGAUGCUACCAAGGCCUCGCUCAAAGUGACCUGGGACGCCCCCAGCCCAAAUGGCUCGCCCAUCGUGCAUUACAACCUGGAGAUGGACGCUGGAUCCGUGGCUGGCGCGAGCUUCCACGAGAUCUACAAAGGUAAAAAGCGGACCUUCGAAGUCAAGCGCCUGUUGCCCGGCACCACCUACCACUUUCUCGUGCGGGCGACCAACAAGUUAGGCUCCGGGGGCUACAGCCGCGUGGCGUCCUUUUCCACCCAGGGCACUGCCCUCCCCUCCGGCUCCGCAGAUGGGAAUGGCAACGCGGGGGCUACCAAGAGCAGCAAGAAAACGCGAAGAAACAAAAAGAAGAAGGGCGCCGAUGGACUGGUCGACGCUCACCGACCAGCUGCUGCUGCUGCUGCUGCUGUUUCCCCCGUGGAGGAGGACGAGGCGGAGGCGGAAGAGGCGGAAGAUGUCGAGGCGGCGGCGGAGGAGAAGGCAGUGGUGAACGAGGACGAAGACGACGCAGAGAAAAAGGACGAGGAAGAAGAGGAAGAGGCAGGAGAGAGUCCUCAUGCACAGCAGCGGAAGGGCGAAGAUGGGGACGGUGUCGGUAACGCAGGGAGGGAACGCGGACAAGCCGGAGGAGGAGGAGGCAAAGGCAACAGCAACAGCAACAGCGCCGCCAACCAGCGCCACCACCACCACCAGCAGCAGCACGCCCACACACGCGGGCCAGCGCCGCAACCAAACGCGCGAAGAGACGACGACGACAGGCGAAAGCCCGCGCCCUCCGCCAAAGCCAAGACCGCCUCCGCCGUGCGCGCAACAAAGCAGCAGCCCGCCCCCGCCAAUGACAAGGCCCUUGCCGCCCCACCACCCUCCUCCGAGGUACGGCCAUCGACCGCGACCACCGCGACGAGUACGAGCACGAGCAGCGCCGGAGCCAGGAGCCAGCCGGGCGACGAGGGUGCUCUGCCAGCCCCACGCAGCAAGCCCCUGCCGCAGAAGCAGCAGAAGCAACAGCAGCAGCAGCAGCAGCAACAGCCCCAACCGCAGCAGCGGCAGCUGCGUGUGGUCUCCGCUCCUGAGCCGCAGCCGCAGCGCGCGGAGCGGUCCGCCAACGGCGGAGGGGACGGGUUGCGGUCGCCGGGCAGGCGGGGAGGAGGAAGCGGCGCGUCACCGCCCCGCAGCAGCAGCGGCAGCCGCCACAAUCACGAGGCCCACGUGCCGGCGGACCUGGCCACGGCGCGGGCAGCGGAGGAAUCUGCGCGACGGGGAGAUGUGCCCCAACAACAGACGUUCGGCGCGGCGGGGGGUAGCGCCGCCCAGCCGGGGCUCGUCCCGAUGCACCUGCAGCAGGUGCGCGAUGGCGGCGGCGGCCACGAGGUAGUAGUCAAGGACGACGCACGCGUGGUCAAGAUGCGAGGGCUGCCCUGGGAAGUCACGCCCGAAGACAUCGCCCGCUUCUUCGCCACCCUCGACAUCGCACCGGAAGGGGUCUCCAUUGCCCUCAACUUUGAUGGCCGCCCGACAGGCGACGGAUUUGUGUGCUUCGCGAGCGCCGACCACGCCACCCUCGCCCUCCAACGGUAG